AUGUACAUUGAAUUAACAGCUAAAGGUGUUCAAGAACGAUUAUUUGUUAUUGAUGGAUUAUUGAAUAAGGCUCGUUCAGCUGGCAUAUCAAUGUUUGUGAAAACACCAUUUAUUUUUGAUAUUCAACAUGAUUUACAGGUACAUGUUAUAGAUUUACAGGUGAUGUCAACAGUAAUGAUAGCAUUCAGUUUACUUCUUUGUUGUGUUUGCACUUUAUCGCUAUUUCUUUUUGGUAUACCAUCACUAACUGUAUUGGUACUAUUAUCUAAUUUAUCGGUCAUUAUUGGUGUUAUUGGUUUUGCAACUUAUUGGAUGAUUCCAAUUAAUGCUAUCACAUUAUUUAUGGCUUUAGCUGGAAAUGCAUUAACCACUACAAUUGUUUCCUAUUUCUGUUAUAAUUUUGCAACUGCUGGAAAGAGGCAGAAAACUGGCGAACAACGAGUACGCUAUUCUUUUCAGUCAUGCUUAUUCCCGAUAACUUUGGCAUGUUUUGUACCGGUCAUGGCAUAUUUACCAUUAUUAUUGACUGGUUUACCUGUAAUGAUGCAUGUCUUCAAGAUAUUGAUACUCUCUUCAUUUAUCACUUACAUUCAUUUAUUACUUUUCCUUCCAAAUACGAUGAUAUUUCUCACCGAGCAAAUUCCAUCAUUUUUCUCAUCGUUACAAGACGUUUGCGACGAAUGCUGCUGUUACUGUUUUGAUAUUGAAGAAGAUUCCGGUAGCAUUUAUUAUAUACCAACCGGUGGUCGUAACAGUUCACAGCAUAAUGGUUUAGCAAAGCAAUAUUCCUAUGCACUAACGGUACCACCAACUACCCGUGGUAUGUUGCUACCACCAAAAGCAACGGGUUAUUUACCAGUAACUGCAACAGUUGCUCCAGCCUUGGUUCCCGAUAUACUUCCUUAUCAACCGAAUCCAAUUGUUAGUAUUGAAAAUUAUCGAUCAGCUAAAAGUCGACGUCGUGAAAAUAGCGAGCAAUCUCUCAGUUUACCAUCAUCACCACGAGUAACUCAAUCUAAUCGGCAAACACCACGACGUGAACGGCGACGAUUAACCAUCGAUGAUCAUUCACCAAAUGAUGAAUCAAUCUAUGAGGAACCACCAUCAUUGUCAUCAAAUUUACCAGAUUCACAUUCACCAAUGCAAUCACGACGUUAUGAAGGAAGAAAACCGGAAAGGAGACAGUCUAAUUCAUCUACCUCACGAUAUAUUUUACGUGAUGAGCGAUCAUCGGGACGAGAUUCGGCAAUUGAAUUACGUUCGAAUUGGAAGCAAUAUUUAAUCGAUGGUAAUUUACGGCAGACUACCGGUGUUGUUGUUUCAGCUUCUCCAUCUUCCACUCCACAACCAAUGAUGUAUUAUUCGACACCUGCACCUGCCUAUCAGGCACAACCACCGCGCUAUAGUCGUGAUAAAAGAUUUUAA